AUGCCUCGCACACUUCAAAAAGUACACAAACAAAUCUCCAAGAAGCGCGGUGUUAUCGACUCGCUUCAUGAGAACAGCCGUGAUGCCAGGCGUUUACGCCGUGCCGGUUCUCGGGACGACCGAUUGAUCCGCCAUACCGGAGCCGUAAUGAAGGCCCGCCAACCUUACAUGGAGCGCAUUGAAUACUUCCAUAAUGCCGUUCAAGAUAUCGACGAGCCUUUGAAUGAUGAAGGGUUGGCCGACUUGGUGAACCAGUGCAUUAACCGCGACAGCGAAGAGCUUGCACAGCUUCAGCAGGAAAGGCGCAAAGGCCGUCCACCACUUCGACGUGAGGAGGCUCUGUCGCAACGGACACAAACGGAGGAGAAGGAAUUCAAGACCGGUUUCUGGAUGCCGGAUCUUAGCGACGAGGAUGCAUUUUUGAAGUUGAAGCACUGGAAUGGAGAGUGGACGGCUCUCAGCUCAGCCAAGUUCAUUCGCUUGGUCAUUGGUGGAGAAAAACAGGCCUCUAGCUUCCCACCCAAGGGUAUGUCAUGA